CGCUUGGGUGUGCUGUGCGCCUGCGCGAGCUGCUGGACGCUAACGGAAGCCUGCGGAGCUUCGCCCGCCUGGCAGCGGUACUCGGUGCGGCGAGCGGACCUCGGCGGGGCAGGUUUACUGCUUCCCAAGGCUGGGGUAAGCUGUGUCGUGCUGUGCCCUUGGCGUGCCUGAGCCCCCCGAAGUCACAGUGGGUGUCCGUGGCGCGCCCGACGCCCACUGCCAGCCCGGUGGCUGCCCUGGCUGGCACCUCCGUAGCUCAGAGGGCGGCGGGGGGGCGGUGUCGCCGCGGGAGCCGGGUUCCCCGGAGGCCGCCAGCUUCGGAGGUGACAACCACGCCCGAGGCCAGGUUUUUCUUGAAAACUAAUGGCAGUGGAGGUACAUUGAAAUAAGAAGGGCCUAUAGUGGAGGAGAAGCAAUGGAGGAACUCAUGGGACCCAGUGGACAAAAAUGGGCUGAUAUGGAUCCGGAAGAACGAAUGCUGGCAGCUGCUACAGCUUUCACCCAGAUCUGUGCGGGGCAGGGUGAGGGAGAUGUCCGAAGAGAUGCCCAGUCUAUGCAAUACGACCCCUACAGUAAAGCCUCAGUAACCCCAGGGAAGCGACCUCUCCCUGUGCCACUGCAGCACCCACAUGUAGAAAGUAAUGCCACUUCAGAAAUAGUCUCAGAGGCCUCCCAAAGACUCCGAAAGCCAGUGAUGAAGAGAAAGGUGUUGCGGAGGAAGCCAGGAGGGGAAGUCUUAGUGACAGAUGAGUCGGUUAUCAGUGAAUCAGAGUCCGGUACAGAAAGUGAUAUGGACGUCUGGGACUUGAGACAAAAGCUGAUGAGUCUGCAGUUCCAGGAAGACAGGGAAUCCCCAGUUGACAUUUCACAAAAAUUUAAUUUACCACAAGGAAUUUCUCAAGAUGAGCUCAUGUGCUAUCUACGAAGAGAAGGAAUGGCCGCUCCAGCUUAUGAACAAGACCUGAUUGUUGCCAGCCGACCAAAGUCCUUUAUUCUCCCAAGGCUGGACCAGUUGAGCCGAAACCGGGGCAAGAUAGACCGCGUGGCCCGAUAUUUUGAGUACAAACGAGACUGGGACUCAAUGAGGUUACCUGGUGAAGAUCAUAGAAAGGAAUUACGCUGGGGUGUCCGAGAGCAGAUGCUUUCUCGAACAGAACCCCCGCCCAAGCCCCAGCACAUCUAUGUUCCUAACAAUUACCUAGUGCCAACUGAGAAGAAAAGAUCUGCCCUUCGUUGGGGCGUUCGUUGUGACCUUGCAAAUGGGGUCAUGCCCAGGAAGCUUCCCUUCCCGCUUUUUCCUUCUUAAGUGUUUUUUUAACCUCUUUUAUGGGAUUGUUUGGGGGGUAGCCUGGUUCCUUCUUUCUCUCCUUUUAUUUAAGUAGAAACAACUACCUUGAAAGCCCAUGGAACAUGAUAAAGACGUCAUCUAUCACUGGUCUUUCCUAAGUCAAAAUCCCGUUGGUAUCAAAUGCUACUUUACUUCCAAAUGACCACUCUCAAAUCCAGUAAUUGCAAGAGAAAUCAUGCCAGAGAAGGAAAAACAGGCCUUGUCUUUCCACUUUAUCAGAUAGCACUAUUUCUGUUCUAUGCUGUUUCUAACCUUUGGCCGAUGUGUGAGUUGCUGUCUUUAAAGUUGCUGGGUGUUAAGCUUAUUCAUUAAAGAAUUUUGAAAUUUUUUGAA